AUGGCUAACAAAGGUAAAGGAAAAGGUGGUAAGAACAGAAGAAGAGGAAAGAACGAGAACUUCUCCAAGAGAGAACUUAUUCUUGCAGAUGAGGACCAAGAAUAUGCCCAAAUCACAAAGAUGUUGGGUAACGGUAGAGUCCAAGCAACCUGUUUUGAUGGUACCGUUAGAAUUGCACAUAUUAGAGGUAAAUUAAGAAAGAAGGUAUGGAUGGCUCAAGGUGAUAUCAUUUUAGUUGCAUUAAGAGAUUUCCAGGAUGAUGCUUGUGAUGUUGUCCACAAAUUCAAUGCAGAUGAAGCUAGGCAAUUAGUUUCCUUGGGUGAAUUACCAGAGUCUGCUAAGAUCAACCAAACCGACACUUUUGGUGGUGAUGAGGAAGAAGACCUUAACUUUGAGUUCGGUGCAGAGUCUGAUGAAGAUGGUGAGGCUAGUGAUUUGGAUAUUGAUGAUAUUUAA